UUCUGAUCUCUCACCAUGGCGGCACCUCUUGACCAAGCUAUUGGCAUGCUGGUUGUCACCUUCCACAUUUACACCGGCAAGGAUGGCGAUAAGAACGCCCUAAGCAAGAAGGAAUUGAAGGAGCUGAUACAGAAGGAGCUCACCAUUGGACCGAAACUGCAGGAUGCAGAGAUAUAUGCAUUAAUGAAAGAUCUGGACCGCAAUGGGGACCAAGUGGUGAACUUCCAGGAAUACGUCACUUUCCUGGGUGCCCUGGCAAUGAUUUACAACGAAGCUUUGAGUUCGUAAAUGUAUACCC